AUGUCUGUCGAGAAAAAACAUGAAGACGUUGCGCAGUGGCAGGAUGCCCUGAUAUCUCACGUUGUCGACCGCCUGGCGCAUGGGAGAAGGUCAGCUGAGUAUGGCGAGUGGGUGAUGGGUUCCAUCGUGGUGUCUAUCACGUACUUGCAACUCGUCAAUGUCAUCGAUGGCCUAGCCUGGUGGCUCUUGGAUCAGUUGGUCGCUGAGAUCGCUCAGAUUUCAUCACUGCAGAGCCCUGAGCUACUUGAUUUCUGUGCGGAAAACCUCGAGACCAUCCUUUACAUCGGCGGUGACUUGCCUCAGGAUCUCGGUGACCGUAUCGCAGCAAAGAUGUAUCUGCGCUGCCUAUGGGGUGCCACCGAGACUGGCAUCGUUCCGCAAUUACUUCCGGAGGAGCUGCUCCCAUCAUCGGAGUCUUCCCGGACUCUGUGGCGGUACAUCAGAUUCCACCCGUGUAUCGGAUCCCACUUCCACGAGGUUUCAGAAGGUGAUUACGAACUCGUGAUUCGUCGUGAAGAGGCGCUUGCCAACAUGCAGCCAUGCUUCACAGUGCCCGGGCUUAACCUUGAUGAGGAGUACCGCACCAAAGAUCUAUUUGAACGGCAUCCUACAAUUCCGGAUUUGUGGCGCUGGCGUGCUCGUGCUGAUGAUAUCAUUACUUUCCUUAACGGCGAGAAAACCAAUCCCAUAUCCAUGGAGCACCACAUCAUGGCCAGCAACCCGGAACUGAGUGGUGUUCUCGUAAUUGGUGCGCAGCGGUUUCAAGCCGCUCUUCUACUCGAGCCGGCCUCAGAUGAGUCACUGUCUACUGCCCCUGCGCACGCACGUGUGGAGAAGUUCUUUAUCCUCGUUGUCCCUUCCGAUCGUCGUCUCAUUCGCGCGGGCAAGGGCACUUUCAUGCGAGGGGCUUCCAUCAGUCAGUAUAGUGAAGAGAUCGAAAAGCUCUAUGAACGAGCAGAAGCAAUCCCUCACCAUCUUGAGAGCGAGACUGUUGGCAUGGUGGUAUCUCCAAUGGGGCUCGACGGGGUCACUCGUCUGAUUCGACAAGAAGUACACACCAUAAUGGGUUGGUCUAACCUUGGCGACACCGAAGGCCUCCUUGACCGCGGUAUGGACUCACUGCAAGCCCUUCAACUCACGCGAGCGCUGCGGAGGAGUUUUCACCGACCCGAUGUUGCGCUGUCGACUGUGUAUCAGAAUCCCACGGUCUCCCAGCUCGCGGCCAUUAUCCAAGGGCAGACUCAUCAGGAGCAGGACAAAGAGGUCAUGAAAAAUCUACUCGAAACCUACAAGGGGCGUAUUCAACAAAUUGCUGUCUCGAAAAAUACUGUUGCCCUCACCAAAAACGCUCCCAAGCGAACUAAUGUCAUGGUGACUGGCACCACUGGGACUGUCGGCACCCACCUCUUGAGGGCCCUCCUUGACAACGACUCGAUCGGUCAUAUUUUCUGCUUAAACCGCCGUGAAGAUGGGGGGCGUGCUGGUCAGUUCGAAAGCUUCGCUGCGGCUGGUUUCGAUCUGACCCAGCUGGGCGACAAUAAUCGCGUCACCUUUCUCAAGGUCGAUCUGCAAGCGCCGUCCCUUGGCCUUGAAGGUCCCGUACGUGAUGAUUUGUGCUCAAAAGUUGAUCUCAUCAUUCACUCCGCGUGGCCCGUUAACUUCAACUUCGCCCUACUUGCUUUCCGCCCUCACCUCGCGGGAUUGGUGAACUUGCUAGCCCUCGCUGCAGCCACCGUCACGUCGCGGGACGGCCAACCGUGCCGUUUCUUAUUCAUUUCGUCCAUUGCCGCGGUAGCAGGAUAUCAGUCCGGCUCGAUACCCGAGAAGGUGCUCACAGAUUUCGAUAUGUCGGCACCAUUGGGUUAUGGUCAAUCCAAGCUUCUAGCCGAGCUACUCAUGGAUGCCGCAGCUCAGAAAUUUGGCGAAUCCGUGUUGACAACCAUCGUUCGUGUGGGCCAGGUCGCCGGCGCCGUGCGAAGCCAGGGCCUGUGGAAUAGCCACGAGUGGUUCCCUAGCAUGGUGCUGAGCGCGCUACACUUCGGCCAGGUCCCAGGCAGCCUGGGUCCGUACUAUGAUAAUGUUGAUUUCUUGCCUGUUGACAUGCUUGGAAGCAUUCUGAUUGAGAUAGCUACCGCCACGCAAGCAAAAGAGGCGGGGGAAAGGCGCUCAGGUGCUCUGGUCUACAACUUGCGCAAUCCGCAUCCUGCUCCCUGGCGUGAGUUGCUCACUGCGGUCACCAACACAUCAGGAAGGCAGCUCAAAGCAGUUCCACCAGCGGCCUGGCUGGGCACCCUACGCGCGAGUAUUCAGGAGCUGGAGAACAACGAUUACCUGAUGGCCAGAAACCCAGCAGUGAAGCUGAGCGACUUUUUCGAGAAGCUAUGGGCGGCUGACACGGGUUCUUCUGCAAACGGGUCGUGCACCUUGGGCAACCUGGCUUCGUACGCUAUCGACGUACGCAAUGCGGACCAAGUAAUUGCCGGUGUACGCUUCGCCAAAGAGAAAAACAUCCGGCUUACUAUCAAGAGCACCGGGCACGACUUCUGUGGAAAUAUAGCUAGCGCGAGAGGCUACCGCGUCGUCGGCGGCUCUUGUCCGACCGUCGGCUUGGCAGGUGGCUUCACCCAAGGCGGUGGCCACGGGCCCCUCGGAGGCGCGUACGGCCUGGCCGCGGAUCAGGUCCUGGAGUGGGAGGUAGUGACUGCCGCCGGGGACUAUCUGACCGCCUCAUCCACCCAGAACGCGGAGCUUUUCUGGGCUCUGAGUGGAGGCGGAGCCGGCAACUUCGCCGUUGUUCUAUCUGUAGCGGUUCGCGCCUACGCAGACGGGCCCGUGGCUGGCGCAGGCUUCGUCUUGGCCAAUUCGGGCAACAGCACGGCUUUCUGGUCCGCGGUCACCUCAUGGCUGCAGCAGCUCCUUGCACUUGACAACAUCAGGGGUUUGACGACUGUUUGGACGCUUACUCCGGAGCUUCUCGCGCUGGAAUUCGCAGCGUUGACGGAUGCAAAGACCACAUGCGACCUAGAUAAAGCCCUUGCGCCAUUCUUGGACCAUGUAGCCGAGCUGGACGUUGCGCUUGUGAGCAACUACACGGCCAAGGUGCACGCAAGCUUCGCCGAGCAUUAUAAAUACUGGGCCACACAGACCUACACGAGCAACAUCUCGCUCGGUGGCCGACUCAUUCCACGCUCGACGGUAGAAGACGUUGCAGAUUCCCUUCCCAGGCUCGUCGCAGCGCUUCGAAACAUCAGUGACGGCGGAGCAAAAUUUCUAGCCGUUGCGGCAAAUGUCAACCGCAGCAACUCAGUAUCUAACGCCAUGUUGCCGUCUUGGCGUGACGCGCUUUUCACUCUGAGUUUCGCAAGGUCGCUGGCAGAGGAUGCUGACUGGGAUGCCAUCAGUGCGAAUCAAAAACAGCUGAACGAGUGGCAGAGAGAGCUACGUGAGAUCACACCGGGAGGAGGAACUUACAUGAACGAGGCUACUUGGGACAACGUGAACUGGAAAGAGGACUACUUCGGCGCGAAUUAUGAUGCCUUGUUGAGGGCCAAAGAGAAAUACGAUCUGCAUGGUCUGUUUUGGGCAAAUGUGGCCGUUGGCAAUGACAAGUAUUGGAAGACCACCAGAGAUGGGAGAUUAUGCCGUGUCUAA